UUGUCCGCGACAGAGAAGCGAAGGGUCCCGUGGUGAGCGCUGCAGAGCCGUGUAGUGUGUGUGUCAGGUUUCAUUCCGAGAGAGACUCAAGCUCGCAGCAGUCAGAGAAACCCGUCAAAUGGCAAGACCGAAGCACACGGACUCCCACUAGAGCCGGACCUCACUCAACCAAUAUCUCCAUGCACUUGAAUGAGCAGCAUGCCUCUGUUGAGGUCGCUUUGAAGAUUCAUAUUUUCACUUGAAAAGCGGUUUAACUGCCUGAAAGGAAAACUUUAAUCAGUUUAUUUGAACAAGACCCUGCUCUGCCUGAUAAAGUGGUGGAUAAACAUUACAUUGCCUAUAUAUAUAAGCUACGUUUCACAGACAUGGAGGACAUGAAAUUGCGAGUAUCACCUCAGUCCAGUCGGGAGAGGACCUGUGUUCAGCAUCCCUGCCAAAAGCGCAUUUUGACGAACUGGAAGGACGUGUGUGCUAUCUGCGUGUGUUUGAUCUCGUUUGGAGUUUGUGUGUUGCUCUACCUGAGGACGUCGGAUCUGCAGUCCAGGGUGCUCAGUUUGGAAAAGGACAGAGAUCCCCGUAUCUCCAGUUGGAUCUCUUUGGAACAGGUGGAGCCAGUCCUGUGGAGUCGACUGGAUCAGAUAUUAGAGGAGAAAUUAGCUGCACGUCUACCGAAGAUCCGGGCGGCUCGGGAUGCGCCUCACAGCUGCCUCUGUCCACCAGGAUCCCCUGGUUUGAGGGGAAAGAAAGGCCGUGAUGGGGCUCCAGGUCCUCCUGGUCCACCUGGACGAGCAGGCUUUCCGGGAGACAAAGGAUCAAUGGGCAUUCCUGGAAGAAUGGGCUUAAAGGGAAACCUGGGGGAGAAGGGAGCACCAGGAGAGCCAGGUCUGUCUAUCAUUGGCCCACGAGGACCUCCUGGACAGCCCGGUACUAGAGGAUUUCCAGGCUUUCCGGGCCCCAUCGGCUUGGACGGGAAACCCGGACAGAAUGGUCCAAAAGGUGAUAUGGGUCCUCGUGGUCCCAAAGGAGUACCAGGUGAACCUGGUCCAAAAGGAGAGAAGGGUGUAUGUGGUGACUACACUCACAGGCAGAUGUUGCCCAUCACCGUCCGCAACAUGCCCUCAAUAAGCCCUCUAAUCCUAAAGCGCCUCAAGCAGGGCGAGCCUGGAGCACAAGGACCACCGGGACCUCCUGGCCCUCCAGGGCCUCCUGGGACUCCUGGUCUAACUGGUGCUAGUGGGUCUCCGGGUAAACCUGGAGAACCUGGAAAACCUGGAAAAGACCCAAGGAUGCUACCGGGGCUGAAGGGUGAACCCGGUGUACCUGGACAAAAGGGUGAUCGUGGUGAAGAAGGUCCAAGUGGACCUGAAGGCCCCAAGGGAAUUAAAGGAGAUGAAGGUCUGAAGGGCGAACAAGGGAUGGAUGGGCAAACAGGAGAGAAAGGGGAAAAGGGUGAGCUAGGGAUGCCUGGAAUGCCUGGGAAACAAGGAGUGAAGGGAGAGCCUGGUUUCCCAGGCGCCCCUGGACGAAAGGGUCAGGCAGGUGUUUCUGGUAUCCCUGGAAAACGGGGCUACAAGGGAGAAAAAGGCGAGUCUAGUUCUGCAGGAACUGGCAUUAAAGGAGAACCAGGUGCCCCAGGACAGCCGGGACAAGCUGGACCCAAGGGUGACAAAGGUGAUCAAGGCAUAAAGGGUGAAGCUGGCCAGGAAGGCCCAUCUGGACCAAGGGGACCACCAGGUCCAACCGGGGAGCCAGGAAAAACUUUAAUCAACAACAAUGAAAAUGAUAUUCGCAACGUGCAUUCAAUGGGCCCUCCUGGUCUACCUGGACCCCCUGGGCCUCCAGGGCUUCCUGGUUUGAAGGGUGAUGUUGGACUUCCAGGUCCCCCUGGUCUUGAUGGGGAAAAGGGUCCAAGAGGAAAGCCAGGAGAACAGGGACCCAUUGGCCCUCCUGGACCAGAGGGACCACGGGGAGAAGGAGGAGUCAUGGGCUUCCCUGGGCCAAAAGGAGACAAGGGAGACAUGGGCCCCUCGGGAUCACCUGGUUUAGAUGGCCCUACUGGAGAAAAGGGGGUUUCAGGGCCCCCUGGCCAUAUUGGAUUGCCAGGCCCAAUGGGUCAGAAAGGUGAACCUGGAGAGAAAGGAGAUAAAGCAGAGCUGGUCUAUGGGCCUGCUGGACCUCCAGGACCUGCAGGGCCAGUUGGGCCAGUGGGACCUCCAGGUUUGUCAGGACCAAAGGGAGAGCCAGGAAUAGGCUUAAGAGGAGAGAAGGGAUCACCUGGACAGAAAGGAGAAAAAGGAGACAGAGGCCAUCUUGGACUCCCUGGGGCUCAUGGUUUAGACGGCAGGCCUGGUCCAGUGGGUCUGAUAGGACCAGCAGGAGUGCCUGGGCCUGCAGGACCAAAAGGAGAAAUGGGAGAAAAGGGCGACAUGGGAGUAGCAGGACCAAUCGGGCCUCAAGGCAUCCCUGGUUUAGUAGGACCACCGGGAUUAAAAGGAAACCGGGGGGAGAGGGGCAAGAAAGGCAACAGGGGGGCCAAAGGGGAUAAGGGAGACCAAGGAGCCCCGGGAUUAGAUGCCCCGUGUCCGUUGGGUGAUGAUGGUCUGCCAGUACCAGGGUGUUGGAAUAAAGGUCAGAAUCCGUUCCAGCUAGCCAAGAAGUAAUCCAGCGGUGAGAUUCACAUGGUUCUGGUUUGAUUUCCUUCAUAAGCAACACAAAAACUUGAAGAGGUUUUGGGAGAUCUUUGAGUUUGGGCUGCUCUUUGGUGGCUGUUUGAAGGAUUUUGUUUCCUGUAUAACCGUCCUGUAGUACUGGAAGGCCCCAGAGGGCGGCGCAGCAGAUAUGAACAGACUGAUACUGACUGAACUACGGAAAAGACGCUAAUUCAGAAGUAGCUUGUCAUUUCUCCAAGUUUUACACUCUUUUCUUUCUCUUUUAUAUUAUUCACUAUGUGAAAGAAACAUUUUAGCACAUUUUGUUCUUUGUUAAUGACCAUGUUAAAUACAAUUAUUAAUGUUUGUGAGCAGAGGAUUCAGCGCAGCUCAUUGAACAUGCAGAUGUGGUGUUCUUGUGUUUCCAGACAAACCAAAGAAAGAAAAAUCUUUGAUGAUUCCUUAUUCAAUCUAUCACUGCCUUCUGUUGAGAGUUGUAGGUAGAAUGUAACCUCACACUUCACUCAUAGUACACAUUUACACUAUGCGUUUUAUUUAACAUGUAGGUACAAAACAGUUGUGCUUGUACAUAGCAUAGUGAUCAACCUUUAAAAUCACUCAUACAGCUAAAAACAAAGUGAACAUGAAGGACUAUCGAUGUAAAUACUUUGAAAUGCUAUGUACCAACUUUCAAACCUCCUAAAAGUUACUUUGCAAAAACAGUAUUUAAAAAAUGUAAUAGCUAGUUGCAACAAGGGCAUUUGAUGGUGUUGCAACAUUCAUGUAGCAUUUCACUGCUGUAAACAUAAAUGUUCAUGCUGACUUGAUCUGUAUAUUUUGCAAACUCUGAAAUGAAAAUAACCGAGCGCAGUUUGUUUGGGUAAAUCUACUUGUACAGAACGGCUGUAAUUUUAAGAAUGUAUGAGGCAGCUAAAGCAACAAAUUUUAACCAGCAGUAACACAUUUGAUUGGCCGUUUCAUUUAUUGUUGGUUCAUCGCAUGUGUGACCUUCAGAUAAACUAUUUGUUUAUGUGAAGUUUUUUUUAUGGCUGCGACUGAUUAGAGUAAACUUCUUUUUUUUUUAUGUGAAAUCUAUUUUUGGUUGUCCAUUACAUUAUCAAAUUCACAGAAUAUAUACUGGAUGACAAUAUCACAG